AUGUUACUGAAAAUUUAUUUAUUAAUUUUGUUUGUAAUUUUAAAAAAUGGAUCGUGCUUAUCCUGGCACAACCAUCACCAAAUUAGACGAGAUGACCCAGACAAAAAAGACGUCCAUACAGUUCCACUUGGCUCAGGAGCUACUUUUUAUUGGAGGGUUGAUUUUAUGAGCGAAAUAAUAAUCGCAGAAGUUCACUACAUAGGUGUUGACAAUACUUGGUUUGCCAUCGGUUUUUCAAAUUAUGGAGAACUUAAACCUGCUGAUUAUUGCAUUUUGUGGAUCGAUUGGCACCGUCAAAUUCAAUUACAGGUAUUUGCGAUACAUAUUAUAUGGAGAAGGAGAGGAAAUAUAACGAAAUUCACUUUUUCUAAGAAAUUCGAUACUUGCGAUGACAGGGACUACGUUAUGGAGAGAGGAACCACACAUUUAGUAUGGUUAAAAGGUAUGGGACCGCUUUCAUCUUUGGCCGGCUUGCAAGUAUCAGACGCAGAAUCUUCUGGCAUGUCCAGAACAGAAUUAAUCAGAGUGCUUCACAAAAAACCAACAUUUCCAUCAAACUCUUGGCAAUUGGAAUUAUUAGCUGACCAAGUGAAUGUGCCAAACAAGGAAACAACUUACUGGUGUCAAGUGCAUAAAUUACCACCCAUUUUGUCUCAGAAACAUCAUAUUCUGCAGUUUGGUCCAGUUAUACAAACGGGGAACGAACAUUUGGUUCACCAUAUGGAGGUUUUCCACUGCGCUGGACCAAUAGAUUUAGAAAUUCCUAUGUACGCUGGUCGUUGCGAUGGAGCUGACAGACCCGAAAAAACUCAAAUAUGUAAAAAAGUUUUAGCAGCAUGGGCAAUGGGAGCAGAUGCUUUCAUCUAUCCAGAAGAAGCUGGUCUUUCAAUUGGUGGUCAAAAUUUUAAUCCUUAUGUCAUGUUGGAGGUUCACUACAAUAAUCCCGAACUUCAAGAUGGAAAUGUCGAUUCUUCCGGAAUUCGGUUUAUCCUUACGAAGAGUCUCCGGAAGUAUGAUGCAGGUGUAAUUGAAUUGGGCUUAGAAUAUACCGAUAAAAUGGCAAUCCCUCCACAACAAGAAGCCUUUAUUUUAUCAGGACAUUGUAUACAAGAAUGUACAGGUGUUGGUCUCCCACAACAUGGUAUUCAUAUUUUCGCAUCUCAACUUCACACACAUUUAACAGGAGUAAAAGUUAUCACUCGUCAUAUUAGAGAUGGGGAAGAGUUGCCUCUAUUAAAUUAUGACAACCAUUAUUCGACUCACUUCCAAGAAAUUCGACUUUUACCAAAACCUGUUACCAUUUUGCCUGGAGAUUCGUUAAUAACAACCUGCACGUACAAUACAAUGGAUAGAGAGAAUAUUACUCUUGGUGGAUUUGCCAUUUCUGAUGAAAUGUGUGUGAAUUAUAUUCACUAUUAUCCAAAUGCGCGACUAGAGGUUUGCAAAAGUGCUAUUAGCGAUGAUGCACUAAAAACUUAUUUUCGAUAUAUGAGAGAAUGGGAAAAUCAACCAAUUAGCAUGGAUAAUGGAAUUUCUUCAAAUUAUAAAAGCAUCGAGUGGACCAAAAUUCGUGUACAAGCUUUGCAUGAUCUAUAUGAAGCUGCACCAUUAGGAAUGCAAUGUAAUGGUUCUGAUGGAUCACGACUUCCUGGACUAUGGAAUAACAUAGCAGCUACACCAGUUAAACUACCCUUACCUCCACCAGCUCGUAAUUGUCCAGAUCUAUCGAUGAAACCAGAAAUAAUAAAUACUAUGUGA